GGCGUGGAGGUCCUCCAAUGGGUGCAGCCAGAAGCGCGCUGCGCGACCAAUGGGCGACGACAGGCGGGCGCUGGGAGGGGCGUGGCCAGGCCCUCCCUCCCUCCUCCUCCUCUGGCUGCUUGAAGGAUUGGAGCGGCUCGUCGUGCGGCCGGCCGGACAGACCGAGAGCAAGCGGAGGGGCGACUGCUGCGGCGGUGGUUCUUGUUCCUCCUCCUCUUCCUUUUCACCCCUUCCCCUCCCUUCCCGCUGUCUCGCUCGUCGUCAGGUUUCACUUCUAAUUAAAAUGUCUAAUGGUUAUGAAGAUCACAUGGCUGAAGACUGCAGGGAUGAUAUUGGUAGGACAAACUUAAUUGUCAACUACCUUCCUCAGAACAUGACCCAGGAUGAAUUGCGGAGCCUGUUCAGCAGUAUUGGGGAAGUGGAAUCUGCCAAGCUCAUUCGAGAUAAAGUUGCAGGACACAGCUUGGGCUAUGGCUUUGUGAACUAUGUGACGGCGAAAGAUGCUGAAAGAGCGAUAAAUACACUGAACGGCCUGAGACUUCAGUCCAAAACUAUCAAGGUGUCGUAUGCCCGCCCAAGCUCUGAGGUUAUCAAAGACGCAAACUUGUACAUUAGUGGGCUGCCGAGGACAAUGACACAGAAAGAUGUAGAAGACAUGUUUUCACGGUUUGGACGCAUAAUCAACUCACGUGUGCUGGUUGAUCAAACUACAGGUCUGUCCAGAGGGGUGGCGUUUAUCCGGUUUGACAAACGGUCAGAAGCCGAAGAGGCAAUUUCGAACUACAACGGUCACAAGCCCCCGGGCUCCUCUGAGCCCAUCACAGUGAAGUUUGCGGCCAACCCCAACCAGAACAAAAAUGUGGCACUGCUUUCACAGCUGUACCACUCACCCGCAAGACGGUUUGGGGGGCCCGUCCAUCACCAGGCACAAAGAUUCAGGUUCUCUCCUAUGGGUGUAGAUCACAUGAGUGGGCUUUCUGGUGUAAAUGUCCCAGGAAACUCCUCUUCGGGCUGGUGUAUCUUCAUCUACAACCUUGGCCAAGAUGCCGAUGAGGGAAUCCUCUGGCAGAUGUUUGGCCCCUUUGGUGCGGUGACUAAUGUGAAAGUCAUCCGCGACUUCAACACCAACAAGUGUAAAGGCUUUGGCUUUGUGACAAUGACAAACUAUGAAGAAGCCGCCAUGGCCAUAGCCAGUCUUAACGGCUACCGGCUCGGGGACAAAAUCUUGCAGGUUUCCUUCAAAACCAACAAAUCCCACAAAUAAGUUCGCUCGUGGCUUUUUUUGUAUGGAAUAGAUAACUGAGUGACGGAAAAGUUUGAAACCUUUUUUGUUUUGUUAGUAUAUAACUUUUUUUGCGCCAAUUUUCACAAAAUUGUUUGUCUUUAGUCUAAAUGAGAAGUGGAAAAGGGGGUUUUAUAUUCUGGGAUGCCACCAACAUGUUCAAAUGUUUGGGUGUUUUUUUUUAAGUCCUACAAUGUUUUAUUCAAUUUAAUUUCCUUUCAAGUGGUUUCAUUAAUGAACUUUCCUUGAGCCCCAAAAUCCAAAUUUGCAGUACCAAGUAGACUUGGGGAUGGUAGUGAAAUAGUCAGAAAAUGGCUGUUGAUUUCACUGAAUGGGAGGCUGUCAAGACUGAAUCUUGACAAACCUCAGUAUAAAUGUUGCCCUCAGUAGACUCAGACAUAGCUUUGAAUUGGAAUUUUUAGUUGGCAGCCAAUCCUGCUUCAUCAAGUAACUCAUUAGUUACGAUUAAUUUAUAGAAGAAAUGCUUAUGUUGAAAGAAAGAAUGGCAACAUUUUGUAAUACUGUUGAUCAAGUGAGUUGAUCAUUGGGCAAAAAUGUAAAACUGGAAAACAUUUUUUUCUUUUUCUUUAAUUCCUUAAAAGCCUAGUUUCCAGUUAGAAUGGACCAAAGAGUUUCAGAGAAACUCUGUCAAGAUUUCAGAGUAAAAAUGAAACUCCAAACCCAGUGUGAACACAUUGCCACCUCCUUAAGAGUUCUCUUCUCCAUACAGCACAUCCUGGUGCAUCACUUUCUGAUAAAAGAAAUGUGGCAAAAUUAACUUUCUUUCUAAUACAAUUUUUAGAUUGAAUUCUUUAGGUUUCUUUUAUAAAGUUGUUAUGAACAUUUGAGCAUCGUGAUUUUUUGCAUCCCUUCUAAUAAGUGCUAGAUUUUUUCCCCUAUUUUAAUAGGGGUUUUAUUCUGACAACUAGCUUUAUGUAUUGAACACUCAGCAGAAAAGUACAUUAAAACUUGCAAGUUAGAGAUUUAACACAGAAAAAACUGAUUUUGUAGACUUUAAGAUUUUAAUUAAUCCCCAAAGUUUUCUGCAGACUGCCUUGAAACUUUGAGUUGUUUUCUGUUAAUUUUCUUUUGCUUUUUUGUGUUUUGUUUUUACUUUUGCAUUUAAGACCAAUUAAAUUUGAUUUGGUUUUGCUCAACUUUUGUUUUGGUUUGUUGUUUUAAUUUUCCCCCCACACACACUCCAUAUUGCACAGCGUCCCAGUGUUAAAGAUGCAAGCAUUCUUUUUCCAAUCGAAAUCACUCGGUAUAAAAGUAACUUGAUGAUCAACUGACAUGGAGGAGGUUAGACUUACCUUUUGUGAGGUAUUUGCAGCCAAUAUGAUGUAGCAAAGGUGAGGAUUCCUGGCAGGCAACUGUGGCAAGUUGCUCCUUCACUGGUUCAGAUGGGCUUUACACUUGAAACAGGCUCAGUGAUGUAGGCAGGUAGGUCCAUAGCAUGCAAACGGAACAGCAUUUUUAAAUUUUUUUGGGGGGGGGGUGUCAAGGGAAACCUGUUUGAAUCCCGAACAACUGUAUACAUCAUGUUCUAGAAGCUGCUCUGUGCAAGCUGGUUGAGGGGCUCAGACACCCCGAGGCGGGCAUUUACUUCCUGGAAUCACCCACGCCACACAUUCUGCUUCUUCCCUUUCUUCAUUCUGUGGAGCUCAGCAGCUUUGGUUCAGCUGACCAGUGGCUGCUUGGCAUCUCUCUGCUACAUGGGGAGCCUGCUCAAGCACACCCCUGCUGCUCCAUUGCCUGCCCUCUUGAGAAUCGUGUGGGCAGUCCCACCCCACUUCCAUGCUUGUCAGUCUGCCCCACUAGGUGCUGGAAAACAUUCUUCCAGCCUUGCCCUGCAAGCAUCUAACACCAUGAAGAUUCCAGACUUUUCCUGCUUUGGUCUUUUUGAUAUAGAAGCUGCUUUUGGCUGUUCAGGGGGAAUCAUGUUCUUCAUUCCUGCCUUUACGGUGUGUGUGAGUCAGUAUCGCUUGGCACUCCUACACCUGACAUCCCUACUUUUUGAGCUUCUAUCUUCUCAAAAGGUGGAACCUCUAUUUCAGCAGAAUUUAUCCUUCAUUACACAAAGGUCAGUGUUUAGGUAUAAUAUCCUGUGUGUGUUCAGCAGACAGCAAUGAAUCCUACUCCAAUAUUGACUUGGUUUCAUCCUGUUCUGAGAGUGUCAUCCCAUUAAAUUAAACAAUAGCUGACUUGGUUAUUUUAUCCCUCAGCUGUGCAUAGUUUCUUGGGUUCAGAUUAGAUGCACGUUGCAAAUAGAUGUCCUACUCUGAUAAUUUUUUAAAAAUUAUUUUAAAUACUGCAUUUAUGAACUAAAGAAAUUUCUUGGACAAAUGUUCUCCCAAACCACCCCUUACCUCUGGUUCCCAACUUCACAAACUUCCUUUCUAGGCUUCUGCUGCAUAACAGUUUUGCCCUGGCAGCAAGCAGUGUGAUCUCCAACAGCACUGGCUCAGUUCUGCACCUUGAGCAGUUCUCUCCUUUCCAUUGAGAAACCAAGGCAUGCUACUUCACCAUUCCCAGAGGCGGUUAACCAUGAGUGUUCGUGUUCCAAAGAGCAACUCAAGCAGGAUUUGGCUUAGAAUCUUCCGUUCGUUUCUUUGGUACCGAUUGGCAUUUGCCAAGCCCAGGUAUUGGGUUCUCUUCAGCACAGUCACUGGGAAUCACACGAGUAAUGGGAAAUGGGUCACAGCCCAGUGAGCAGUUCUGCACAAUCCCAAGCAUCUCACUGGAUCAUGCCCUUUGACUCCUUGAACAGUCCCUUUACUGGGCCUCUGCAAUAUACUGAUGGGGGUCAAUGCCUCUUAAAUCUCCUUUCUGAACACAGAAAGAUUUGCCUACCAAAUGAUCUGUAGUCUGUAUUUCUGUGGCCUUCAUCUUAGUUACCAGUUUUGGCCAUCCCAAAUGGCUGGGACCAUAUCAUUGGUUCCAGACUUCCUCCCACCUUUGACCUCAUAGAUCCCAGCCCCUUCCCAUCAUUUUCUGCAAAGGGAAGCAGGAAGAGACUGCUGGCAAGAGACUACUGCUAGUCGGUAGCUCAGAUCUGGGUCUCAUGUGCUGUGUAUCCCUAACUUCGUUUUGUUUCACUUUGCCUAUCCCUGUGCCAACAGUUAGGCCCUCUUGCUAAGCAUCUAUCCUGAAUCCUGUCAUCUGUGUUUUUUUCCCCUUUUUCUUACACUAGCCUCACAGCUCUUCAGCUAUGCUACAUACAUCCUGACAGGAUUCUAGCAGUUCUUGACAGCUCUGUUCAACUUUCAGACACUUUCUUGAGCUUGUUAAAUUCAGGUAGACUUCUAAAAAGUUGCAUUCUGGUGUGAAGCGGCGUUGGACUCCCUGUCAGAGUGUGCUGUGGACAAAAGUCCACUAAAAAGAGUUAAAGAUCCUAAUUAAGCCUCAUAAAAUGUGAUCACUUCUUAGGUUCAACAAUUUUUGUUGUAUUCCUAUUGGAUUGCUUCUUAACAAGAAAAAAUAUCACAUUUUUACCAUGGCAGGGGAUGAAGUAACUGGGGGAAAUGUACCUAAAGAUUAGAUUUUUGUCUUCCUGACAAUGGCUCUCUUUUUUUGUUGCUGUUCAUUCUCCCAGCAGAGGAUGGGAUUCCCUCUUGGGCAGAUAGCUGUCAUAAGGCAGCUGCAACUCCUUAACCUCCCACGGCUGUUUUUACAUUGACCUCUCAUACAGUGCAUUCAAAGUUCUGCUGGUUGGAUACAUCUGUGUAUAACAAUUAAUGGAUGCUCUCUUGGCAUGAGUUGGCAGCAGUGGAAGAAACGCAUCAGCCCACUCUAGAUCUCAUUCUGUGCCCAUCCCUUCUGCAGAACAGCUUCUGUUGCCUCUUGGGAAAUCACAUGAUUAUUUUUAUUCAUUAAAAUGCUGUAAGAAAGUUGGAUUACUUGGAGCUGGGCCAGAGGCACUGCCCCAUCUGCCUCCCCUGACCUCACAGCUUUCUCUCUGUAGCAUACUUAGUAGGAUAGGAAGCAUAAGAAGCCUCUGUGUUCUAGGGAAUGGCCAGUCUACGCUACAGUAGUCACUGCCUCUUCCCUUCCCCAGCUGAUGUCACUCUUUUUUCACUGCUUCAUGAAAGAAUGUGAAGAGACUGGCAAGUAAAAUCAAUUCACAUUGCUGAAAUAGACACCAUGUUCUGCACAGUGAGCGGACAGUGCAUGGUAGUGUUUUUCUCUCUGUGUUUUUUAACUUUUGUUUUUUAAACAUAGUUGACCAAAAUGUCUUUGAUUCCUUUGCUCUUUCAAGGAUUGCAAACUGUAUUCUAUCCUUUUUAACGGGGAGUAUGAAGGCUGUUUGUUUUUUGGUAAUUAGAUUUGCACAUCACUUCAGUACAUUUGGGGGAUGCAACUGUUAAUCAUGUGCAAAUUAAAAGCGGCAAAGUCCUACUUCUUGAGCAAAGGGAAAGCUGGCCUGUCCUUGUUGUUAAACUUCAAAAGUGAGUGUUCCCCUUAGUUACAUUUCCCACCAUUGAGCUUGCAAGGUGAGGGCUGGUCACACAGUUGAAGCCUUUGUGGGACAGGCUAAGCGUUGCACUGUUUUUAGAACCGUCAUCUCCAUACCUGGGUGAAGAUCUCCCUCAAUAUAUUUCAUUCUGAAUCUUUUUUUUUAAAUUGCAGAUUUAAGCCCUUUGAGAAGCUGGCUAAAAGUGUGUCUUUAUUUUAUUGAAAUGUUUUAUGAUGUGUAUAAACUGUAGAUGGCCUCCAGGCAACAAUUUCCAUGCUUCCCCUAUAAUGUCACGGAGUUCCCUUUUCUAUAAUGCACAUCAGUUCCCAUCAGGGAGCCCUGUUCUUACUACUACUACAAAUACACCAUAUUACACAAUUCCAAAUUUGCUCCAUGGGAAAACUGGAUUAUUUAGUCUAUACUAGAUAAACUGUACCAUCUGUCGCUUAUGACCUCACAGCUUCAUCCUGGUAGCAUACUGAAGUCUACAAGGCCUACAGAGCAUGCUGGGUAGGAUAGGCAUGUCAAGCUCUUCUAUAACGCAACAUGUUUUGAUUAGAAGGGCAGACUUUUACACAUAUAGACCCCCCCCCCCAAAAAAAAUGCCAGGAAUGGAUUUAUCCCCGGCAGUACCUGUUAAUCCUUCACAGAGCAAGAGUUCUUUGGGAUCCCACGAAAGAAGCAGGAGUUCCUUCUAACUUUUUUUUUUUCUUUUUUCCAAUGGCUGCUGUUCCCAAACCCAUUCCAUUGGAUUAUAGGAUACAAGUACAGUGGUCCCUCGACUUACAAACUACUCGACAUAAGUAUUUUUCGAGUUACAAACGGCAGUUUUAGAUCCGGUUUUAGAUGCGGUUUCCUCGACUUACAAAUUUUUAGAUGGGGUUUCCUCGACUUACAAAUUUUACAUGCGGUUUCCUUGACUUGCCUGCCUGUUUACUGCCUGUUUAUUCUUGAAAAGAAAUGUUCCUGUGCAGUUUGCAAGCCUUACUGGGGGUCUGGGUCUUUUUUCUAGGCUCCGGAACGCAUUAAUCCGUUCCCAAUGCAUUCCUAUGGGAAACCGCUUUUCGACUUACGAAUUUUUCGACUUACAAAUGUGCAUUCGGAACGGAUUAAUUUCGUAAGUAGAGGGACCACUGUACAUAAACUGGUGAAGACUGUAGCAUACUUUGGAAAUUCUCACAGCUCUGAGACGUAUGGGUCAGCAUUUAAUAAGCUCAGUUCUUAGCAUAUGUAGAAGCUUGCUGUGGAAUCUUCUUUUUUCCGCCAUGGAUUUUCAUCUUUUUUUAAAAAGAUACUUGGUGUAAUGUAGAGUGUUAAAAAUUCAGUGGCGAUUGCAGUUUAUGAUAAACAUGCCUUUCUAUUUUAGUUUAAAAUCAGGUACAUGAAACUUUCUGCUGCUCUUUAAAAAAAAAAAAACAUGUAGUGAAAUAAUACUUUUUCAGGAGAAGGAAGCUGUAUAUUUCUCCCAGUGCAUGAUUUUUUUACAAAAAAUCCACACAAUUUAUGUGACACCCAAACUGUGAACCCACAUCACCCAGUGGCUGGCGUGUCUUCAACCCAUGGUCUUCGUAGUGGGCCUGGCUGCCCUUCCUUGUUUUCAUCCCACUGACAGCAUCCACAAACAGGAUUUGUUUUCUGUAGAGUGGAAUUCCUACAUUUUGUUGAUUAUGCUACUUAAAACAGAAACGGACAGACCCAAUAAUAGUGUAACUACUACCCAGAAUCUUUAAUCAUUGCUUAUCUGUGUUCACAUUUUUUUUUCCUUUUUGAAGAAAGGUUAUUCUCAUCAUGGUUUUUCCCCUGUUUUUAAUAUUUCAUGAAGUAAGCAACUUUUUUCACAAGAUCAUUUAAGAAGAAAUGGAGGAAAGGUGUUUUUUUGAAGCUUGGUGUUGAGAUGAGCCUUAUUUGACACGUAACUUGGAGUAGCACUUGUACUUCUGGGCGGGUGCCAUCUGCAACCAUUAACAUUCACAGGCAAGUUUUGCCGUUUAUUUUGGUGGGCUGUAAGUGGCACCCCUCUAGCCUCAGUCAGCUUCCCUUUUAACUUGUGUAACUUUUUUCUUUUUUAUAAAGCCGUCUGUCUGUGCAACAGAAGGCUUUUAUCGGUUUUCCCAUACUGUACAGUAUAUAUGCGUAAACAUUUUUGUAUAUUUAGCAUGUUUUUAAGUUAUUGAUUUUGUUUUAUAUCGAAAUAAUUUAUUUUUCAGGUACCUCUUUUUUCAUUUUGACUUUGUUUUUACAUGGGUUUACUUUAAAUAAAGUAUGACACCUGCUGUCGAGCUGUCUAAACUGCA